UGACGUCACACCGGUCUCCCCCGCACGUCUGCACAGUGCGCUUCGCUGCUCUCCGAAUGCAACUCUUACUCUCCAUCGUCUCCAACUUUUUCUUCUUUCUUGCCUCUGCGCGAUGACCAGCGACCUGUCCCGCGAGUCCUUCCGAGAGAUGGAUACGGCCUCGACGUCGACUUUUGAUUCAGAGGACUGCAGCCCAAGUUAUAAGCGUCGCAGGACAGUGGAGGAUUUCAAUAAGUUCUGCACCUUUGUUUUGGCAUAUGCUGGAUACAUCCCAUAUCCCGAGAAGGAGGAAUGUUUGCGGACUAGCUCCAGUCCACCAAACAGCACAGGAAGUGCAGUGGACAGUGAUUGCUGGGAGCCAAGGUUUACCAGCCUGCCCACAGGCGCCAGCUUUCCUUUGCCAUCCAAAAACCGUAAGAGUUUUGGGGGCUUUAAAAGAGUGGAAAAGAACUUGGGGGUUGGUAGCAGCCUAACCCCACUGCUGAAACGUUCAAAAUCAGCAAGCAUUUUACUUGACCGCAAAGAUGCAGAGAAAGUCAAAAAGAAGAAAAAGAAAUUGCGGAAGGCUGAACUAGAACAGCCCUUUCCAGUUGCUCCAAGCAAAGUUCUUCCCCUCCCCCUGGAGCAGCUAGUGAAAACGGAGCCACCCGAUGACAUCCCCACCGUGCACACAAGUACAGCAGUCUUGGAACUGUUGUCUGAGCAAGAAGCGUCACCAGAUAUUGUUGGCAAGAACACAACCACGCAGGACCUUCAUCCUGUCUCUGAUAUGGGCAACACCAUCACAAUCAAACAGGAGGUAGAGGAAUGCUGCCAGCCAAUCAGGCCAGUAAGUCCCUGUAAUGAAUCCUGUGACUCGGUAGAACCACAGCUUGAAGUGAAAGGGGAACCAGCUGAGGAGGAUGCCAUGCUCAUAAAGACAGAAAUAAUUCCAGGAAAAAGGACUGUUAUUAGGCAAGGAAAGCAGGUGGUUUUUCGAGAUGAAGAUGGUACUGGAAAUGAUGAAGACAUCAUGGUUGAUUCAGAUGAUGAUUCAUGGGAUCUUGUCACAUGUUUCUGUCUGAAGCCUUUUGCUGGACGUCCCAUGAUUGAAUGUAAUGAGUGCAACACUUGGAUCCAUUUGUCCUGUGCAAAGAUUCGGAAGUCCAAUGUACCAGAGGUGUACGUGUGUCAGAGGUGCCGGGACUCGAAAUUUGACAUCCGUCGGUCCAACCGUUCCCGAGUGGGGUCUCGAAAGUUGUUCCUUGACUGACUGACGGUGUUAACACCACCAUUGCCCAGUUAAAAUGUACUGUGUGUUCUUGUUGGUCAUGCCUGCUGUGUUCAGCAGUACAAGUUAAGAUUCUUCCCUUUUCUCAAUGUGGACAUCCUACAACACUUAUUCAGAUUUUAAGUGGACCAUAAAAACCCCCAUAUGCUGAGUGGAUAUCUUGGAAUGUAAUGAAUAUAAGUUGAUGCCAACAAGCCUUCUUUCUGCCACUGCAUGGCCCUGGUUGAAGUUAACUAAGUUGACUGCAGGGAAUAUAGGUUACUGCUAUAUACACACUUUGAGUUCAUCAAGGCUGUCACUGGACAAGUGCCAAUCUUCUCUUUCAGGUUUUAGACACCACAUACAAUGUUAUCUUUUUUUCAGGGUCACAGAUGAGUGUAUGUUGUGUAUGGUUUGGGUAAUAAGUUUUAAGUCAGAAAAAUAGUAAGCCAUAGUUGUGCCCCCUGUUGUGGAUGUACAUUGAGAAAUAACCACCUGGCUUUGUGGGAUGUAGUUACAAGUGUCUGCUCAGUUUCAAAGCACACAAAUGAGAAGAGUCUGAAAAUGUUGAUGAGAAGGCUUCUUCAGGUUAGCCCCUUUUCUCUGUGCAGUAAUUUAAUGCAAGUUGUAUGCCUCCAAAACAGGGUUGGCAGGAUUAAUAUUUUACUUCCCAUAAAUGGACUAGGGUCUGGUUGUAUUUGUGUGGUGUUUUUUUUUUCCCCCACAUUUGCAUGUCCUGUAAUUGUCAACUGCUUUCUUAACCCAGGUGCCUCACUGGAUUCCGUUCUUCCCACUUUUUCUUCAUGCCCUUGUCAGUUCUUUUUACUUAAACAUGAAAAGUUAUAGAAUGACUUUUUUUCUGCAGUCUGUAUUCAGAAAAGUUAACAAUUUUCUGAAAGUUUUAGACAUAAUGACUAACUGCAGAAAUAGAAAAAAUGAUUAAUUUAGAAACAACUGGCCUAUUUAGAAACCUAUACAAACCACAGAUGGCUCUGACUCCCUGAUACCACAAACAAUAUGCAGAAUCAUUCUACAGAUCACAUGGUAGAAGGAAAAUAAGCCAAUAAUGCACUGAAAACUGCAGCCAGUCUCCUGCUUAGUGUCCAUACAGUGAUGGGGAUAAUAUGACUGGCUGCCUUGUAUGUUCACUGGUGCUGUACACAAGGCUUGUAAAUAUUUUGUAUCUUCUGUGUAAAAAGUCAAAAUUUACCAAAGGAAGUAAAGGCUGGUUAUUCCUUGUUUAUUUUUGAGUACAGUCACCUGAUCAAAAUCUUGCCCCUUAGGUUCAGUGCUGUUGUGCGGGGGAAACUAAUGAUGCACUAGUACUUUGCUGGAAAGAGAUGUCAAUGACAGAACAGGGGAAAGAUGUUUCUGUGAAACUUUGUACAUUGUAAACUUUUGUAAAUAAAGAUUUAAUUAUUGAUUAUUUUA